AUGUCGUAUACCGACAAUAUAGGAAAUUGUAACAUCUUUGAAAAGGACCAUCGCUCCGUGGACGCAUAUAUACAUGGGAGGGGAAAACAAAGUGUAAAACUUCCGGACAAGGAAGUGUAUCUCACAAAAACACUCUGCGACCCAGCAAAUGCGCUUAGCAAGCGCUACAAGAAGAAACUUCUUGCAGAGAAAAUAGAUGGUUUCUCCCCGAACGUCCCCUAUUCAAUGAACAAACAAAAGCGAUGGGAUACCCUUAUUGCUAAAUUUUUGCUUAGUAAUCAAGAAAAAGACCUGCCUGAGACGGUGGUGGUGAAUAGAACAGAUGUUCCCUUGAGUGAUGGUUGUCAUGCGGAGACAGUUCGCAAUGUGCAAAUUAUUGAGAACGACGCCAUGACGACGGUGUCUAGCGGUGGAAGGAGGAAACCGGUUUGUUUGAAAUAUUCGAUCAUAAAUCAAGUUUUUUUACACUCACGGGAAGAAUCUUUUGUUCAUUUGAAAAAUCUUCUCAUCUUCAUUGGAUUGUAGUU